ACCUGCUUUGUGACCAGGCUUUCAACAUGGCGGACAAAAGUAAUAGAAAGUAAGCCACGCUUUCCGUGGCUGUAAAAGUCUCUUACGAUGGCUAGCGAUAAAGCAAAAGCUCCUAUGAAGAGAACUGUGAUUGUGUUAGAUCACAGUUCCAAAUUUCUGACGUUGUCUAAGCAGCAUAUUGACUUUGAUGGUGGAGGGAAAAAAAGCAAGAGCAAAGGUUCCAGCUCGACUUCUUCACCUGUUUUCAAGAGCUCUUGGACAUGCAGUAUCGAAGCGGCAGUCGAGUACUGUAGAAUUGUGUACGAUAUAUUCCCAAAUGAGUAUCUGGUCAAGGUAGUUGUUUCUGAUGAUGAUGCCCAUGUGAUGAACUCUUGGUCUCAUGAACAGCAGUGUGUUCCACAGCUAUUAAAGUCUUUUGCUGGCCUUGGAUCCCCUAAGGAAGAUAAUGGAGAAAACUGUUCCAUGAUAUAUGGACUAACAUCAGCUGUCCAAUGUCUCUAUGAACCACCGCCUCAAAACUCCAAAACGCAUCAAACAACUUCUUCUGUUGAUACAGGAAGGAUUAUUUGCAUCACAAACUUGAAAAACGAAGGCCAUGUCCAUGCUCUUGUAGCAUGUGCUACUGAUAUACUAGAACAACAGAACAGUGGAGUGGGUUCAAGUGACAGUGUCCAACCAAUCAAGAAUGUAGACCUCAUUUUUAUUCAUGUCCCUUUGAGUGGAGACAGUGGAAAGUUUACAGAAAAAGCACCAAAGGGAUCAUCUUUGCUGUCAAUAACCAUCAGCUCCCACAAAGCAUCUCAGCUGGUUAGUAAACUCAGCAUCAUGGCACAAAAGCACUUUCAUCUGAAGUCUACAACAGUCACAGGGAUACCAAUGAAAGAAGAGCAGCACUCUGGAAGCUCAGCUAACUAUGAUGUGGAAAUUGUCCAUUCCUCUCAAGUGCAUAUGGAGCAGGCUGUUGCAAACGUGUUUUGUGGUGAUGAAACUGCACCGGGGAAAAAGGAAAGUCCUGGAACAUCUAAGGAUACUGUUCAUCUGAAGUGGUGCACACCCAAGACAACAUCUGCACCAGAGCUUCAAGCUUGUAUUGGUUGUUAUAGGAUCACACCAGUAGAGGUCAACAGUAGACCUACAGCAUGCCUCAUUUCUUUCCUGCUACAAGGUCGACAAGUUAUGUUAGAGCAGCCUAAGAAGUCUGGUGGAAAACUGGUGUCCCAUAUUCUGGCAAGUCAUGGAGGUGAUAUUUUUAUACAUUGCUUAGCGACGUACCGUACCCCAAUGGAAGAUCCCCCAUCCAUUAGUGAAGGGUGUGGCGGCCGAGUAACAGACUACAGAAUCAACGAUUUUGGUGAAUUCAUGAAAGCAAACAGACUUGCGCCUUGUUCAUGGAACAAAAAGAAAGGAAAGUCGCCCCUAGAUAAAGGUCUGGCAAGACUGGAGCGCUGUACAAGAUACUGGCCCAUGGUGAUCGGUGAAACACUGCUUUGUAACAUGAUGCAGCUUUUAAAACCUCUACCAACACUUAUGGCGAAGGAGACUGUUACAGAAAAUGAUGUACUUGAAUGUAAAAGAGUUAUCUACAGAGUUCAAGCCAUGGAAAGUAGGAAUGAUCCGCUACCAGUGUCUAUGACUGGAAUCAGAGGAAAAGGACCGAAAAGAGAGGAACAGUAUCGGCAGAUUUGGGCUGAAUUGGAGACUUACCUAGAAGCUGCCAGUAGAACAUCCAAAAUGCAUGAAAAGGUGUUGGAAUGCCUGCGUGGCACCAGUCCGUCAAGUAGUACCACAGACAGCCCAAGGAGAGAGACACCUACAGAUGAACUUGAAAAAAAUAAUCAUUCCAAACUUUCAGAAGUUUCGCUCUCUUGGCAGGAGAUUGACAGAUACCAAAGUAUGACGGAGCGCGAGAAGACUGAUUUCAAUCGCGGAGAUACAAACAAUGAACACUUCUUCAAAAGAAGUAUUGCGUCAGCGGUUACGGAGCAGGCGCACAAGAGAUUGCGUACCGAUAAUCAACAUGGAAUGAAUAAACAGACGGGUAGAGGCCCAGGAAGUUCUCUUCUCUCGAUGUGGAACAGUAAAAUGAACGCAAUAGCAGCCUCGCGGCACGAGGAAUUUGCUGGCAGGCUUCAGUCGACAGGGAACAAAGCCGAGCUUUACUCCAAUCCUAUGGACAGCGGAAGUAACAGCAGUGGCAGAGGCACACCCGUGGAAGAAUGGCUGUAGAUUGAGAUGUCGUAGUGCAUAAAGUGAGGCGUGAGGUGUAAGGUUGGAAAAACUUAUCUGCAUGUACUUCACCUCACGCUUGAAAGAAAAGAACCCCCACGAGUUGACACGCGAGGUCUCAAUGUUGCCAGGAAACGACUUACCACAGCCGCUGGCCGAGUAGAGCUCCGAAGGGUUAAAGAACGUUUUGAAAUCAACCACGGCCAAAGGCUUUCAAUGAAAAUUUUUACUAGUAAAUGGAAUUUCUUUACGACACUGUUGUCGUCAUUGCCUCCUCUGUUGUAGUGCAAAAUUACUAUGCAAGGUGCACCUAGAAUUUCGUCAUCGGUUUAAUGUAAAUAGAAGCUGAUAACUUUUACGAGUUUAUGCUACUUUUCUAAGUAGUGUCAUUUCAGGAAAUGUUUUCCAGCAUCAGCAUUGAUACAUUCCUUGCUUGUUUUGUAAGAACAAAUGACCUUGAAGUGUUUACCAGCUUGUUUACUGACGUUUGGAAGCGCUGGAUUUGUCAAAGACUUGUGCGAGCGGAAAGGCCAUUCCUCGGCUAUGACUACGAGCGGACCAUCUUUCCCGUGUUCGUGCUCGAAACGGACUAAAUGCACACCUCUGUAACUCUGUAUCGGAGUAGCUUUUCCGUAAAGAAUUGCAGACUUGAUGCGAGAAUCCCUCCAAGACUCUUUGUCCUUCCUCCAAGUUGAGGAUUUCCUUUCCGCGAGAUCUUUGCAGGAAGUCAGAUGUUUCUGCGACAUUAGUUCGCGUUAAAACGAAUAUUCAGAAGAAAUGGCGUUAAUUAUAAUUUCUGUAGCUGUGAUAAUUCUCCACUGAAACUCAGCAAUAAACUUUACUAAUUGAGAUAAA